AUGCCUAGUACUCACCUGGUCCUCGUCGCGGCGCUGCUGAAAAUAUUGAAGGAAGCCCUGCUCCGCGUCGGGUUGUGCGGGGGUGGUAGCUUUAGAACAAGCGCCGCAUGCACUCUCGUCCGCUUGGAGAUCUGUAACCGCCGCUUGAGCUUCGAGGGGAGCAGGCAGCCUCCCGGGCGGCACAAGCCAGCACGUCCUCUCUACUACUGUGUUCUUACGUUAGUGAGGCGCGUGGGAAAAACGAAAGCAGUGAGACUCACCACAGUGACGCAUCUGUUAAGUCGCAAUGUCAGAAGGACUCUCGAAGCCUUCGGUAGAUACGAGGGUAGCAGCGCGUUGAAGGAUGCCGCGGAGGCUGGAGACAGUGGUGUGUGGAAAGGCGGCCUUGCCCUACUGCUGCGGGAUGUGAUGUCGCAGGAUAUGAUGCGCGUGCUUGAUGGUGGUGAUGCGGAGUGGAGGAGACGUUGUUCAAGUGUGGUUGGCGGGUGGGAUGACGAAUGGCGAGUGAGUUGGGACGUUAGAUGCUUAUGGUUUGGGAAAGACGACGUGGAAGCUGGAGUUGAAAAGAUGGUGGGCGCGGCAAAGCAGUGA